AUGACAACCACCAUCGUGGUCGAGGGUUGGCCUGAUCAGGUCAUGCUGCACCGAAAUCCACUCCACGUAAGUAAUGCCAUGUCUCCCGUCCCUGCUCUCUCCCCUGCUGCCAUGUCUCCCUUCCCUGCUCUCUCCCCUGCUGCCAUGUCUCCCUUCCCUGCUCUCUCCCCUGCUGCCAUGUCUCCCUUCCCUGCUCUCUCCCCUGCUGCCAUGUCUCCCUUCCCUGCUCUCUCCCCUGCUGCCAUGUCUCCCUUCCCUGCUCUCUUUCCUGCUGCCAUGUCUCCCUUCCCUGCUCUCUCCCCUGCUGCCAUGUCUCCCUUCCCUGCUCUCUCCCCUGCUGCCAUGUCUCCCUUCCUUGCUCUCUCCCCUGCUGCCAUGUCUUCCUUCCCUGCUCUCUCCCCUGCUGCCAUGUCUCCCUUCCCUGCUCUCUCCCCUGCUGCCAUGUCUCCUUUCCCUGCUCUCUCCCCUGCUGCCAUGUCUCCCUUCCCUGCUCUCUCCCCUGCUGCCAUGUCUCCCUUCCCUGCUCUCUCCCCUGCUGCCAUGUCUCCCUUCCCUGCUCUCUCCCCUGCUGCCGUGUCUUCCUCCCCUGAUCUCCAUGUCUCCCUUCCCUUCCCUCUCACCAGCUGCAGUGUGGAGCAAGGGGUAGACAGUAUCCUUGGUCCCUUUCAGAGCGCCAGUGGGGCACGUGCUGCCAACAGCCAUUUGCAGCAAGAAAUCCUCAUCCCCACUCCCCUUCCUACCUCCUCCCAAUCUCCCACUGACCCUUAG